UGUGUCCUUGGGCAAGACACUUCACCUGUUGCCUACUGGUGGUGGUCAGAGGGCCCGGUGGCGCCAGUGUGCCCCAGGGUGGCUGUGGCUACAAUGUAGCUCGCCAUCACCUAUGGGUGAAUCACUAAAUGUGUAAAGUGCUUUGGGGUCCUUAGGGACUAGUAAAGCGCUAUACAGGCCAUUUACCAUUUUACUUCCUUUGUUGUCUUGAACAGUUUCAGCUGAUGUUUCUGAUUUCCUCGAUUUCCCUCAUGUGUCUGUCUAAAGUUUGCAUUAGCUUGUUGGUGAGUCACCCUGUGCUUCCUGCUUUCCCUCAGUCGUGUGUGCACUCAUUGGAUUUAUGUUUUUUCCUGUCUUUUGUAAUAAUUUCUUUCACUACAAUGAAGAUUUGUUGCAUUUAAGAAGUCUGCCUAUGAAGUCUUCAUUUGGGGCCACGAUCUUCAUAUUAUGACAUAUCUGUAUUAUACAUUUUUAUGUUACCUUCCUGUUAAAAAAAGCAGAGAACCAAGAUAAUUUGCAGCUACAUAUUUUUAUAUUUAACACAUACUGAAACAAAGCGCAGGUGCCUUACACAGCUCUCAAGCACAAGUGCCCCCCCCCCUCCACCUCCCAUCCUGCUGGUCUGCACUUAUGCUGUGCUUAACAGGCAGGGGCCAAGCGGCCUCCAGUUUGUGUCAGCUCCUCUGUUACAUGCUCUCUACCCAUCUCUUUCACACCCACAAGUGCUUUUGAAAUGUUCUCUUGUUGUGGAGUACAGGUUUAAUUGGGGGAGUGGUAAAACUCUUUCCUCUAAAAUAUUUAGCAAAGUGAUUUUUACAGAGGCCGUUGUCGUUGGAGAUCUAUGCUGGGCUGUGGAUAGUGACUGCAUUACAUACGUACUGCAACAGGGUCCAUACUUUUAAAUAGGUCAGGGCACGGUUUGCUUAUUUGUUCCUGGCAGGCAAUGAUCACACUGCUUAUUAUAUUAUUAUGUAUUUCAGUGGUCAGUUGCACUUGGGCAUGGUGUAGUUUAUGCCCUUAGCUGCUUUGUAGCUUUGCAUAACUCACAGUUCAAAGAAGCCCUUGUUUAUCUUAUUCCGGGCUUUGGUACUGCCCCCCAGUUCAUCCUCUGUCUGAAACAAGAGUUGUAGCUCCUCUCUAUCUAAAGCCACCUUCCCUUUAAGCCAACUUUCUUCUUAAUUGGCUUUCCCUCACAAACAAAUGAUUUGGGAAACAUUUGGGCUUCCCAGCUUGUGCUUGACGAUCCAAUCUUCUCUUGACCUCAAACCUGAAAGUUGGAGAAGUCCUACCAACUCUGACUUUGCAAUUUACUGUGGUAACAUCAAGCAUAAACAGCAGUAAAGCUGUAGAAGCUGUAAUCUGUGUUACCACUGUUGUGCUUUUGUGACUUUCUGAAUAAGCUAUAGAAAGACCACUGAUAAUGUGCUAUCUGUGAACACAAUACCCAGAGAUUCAAUAGCAAUACCUGGUAUUGCUAUUGAAUCUCUGUACCUUGCUGGGAGCAAAAAGAAGUCUGUGAUCUUGACUCAGUGUGAUGGCACUCUCAGCUACAAGACCCAACUGCUGAGGUAAAGCCAAGCAUUGAAUAACCACCGCAGAUACAUAACAGCAGUCUGAAACUUAAGCUUUCGGUUCACAGGAAUUUCUUGCCCAUUCACUGAUCUCACUGAUACUUUACAGAGAAAAAAGCCUAAUAGCAUAAAAGAUUCAUUUAACAUCCGUUUUAAUCAUUUCUUUUGACAACAGGUGCAACUGUCAUCAGCAGAUAAUAAAAUAAGAAGUCAUCCUCGAGUGCUUGUAAAGAAGGCAGCUUCUUUUUGAUUCACAAAGACUUUUUUGUCACUCGGGAGGCUUCUUCAGUUCUACAACCUGGAGAUUCCCACGUAUUUAACCUCCUGUGUGUCCUAAUCAUUGAUCCUCAUCAUUGAUUGUAGUAAAAAAGUACUUUGAGUGCUAAAUUGAAGUAGAAAAGUGUUAUGUAAGUACCAGACUGUUCACCAUUUACCAUGACCUGGAUGACUGGAGAACCUACACAGAUGCAACUAGAAGUUGUUGUAAGGAUUUGUUGAUGAUUUCAAAGCUGUACUGAGCUGAGAGCUGCCAAACCUUUUUAAUUUGGAGCAGCUGGUGAGUUUUCUUUGAAAGCCAAAAGUCACAUUUUGCUGGUUGAAGUAUUUCAGUCUGACUGUAAUCAAUCAAUCAGUGAACUUGUUGCAUCAAGCAGCUGAAAAACUAUUGUGACCUUUGUUAAGGUUGUUUAUUCAGUUUAGUAUCACAUGACUUUUUCAUGCCAUUUUUAAAAAACUAGAUAAAGAGAUUUCUUUUCUAUCAGAUCGUUUAUUUUUUUAAUAAUGACUAAAUGAAAGACAUGAAGGUGAGCAAAGCUUGCAGUAGGAUAUGAGCUGCAUUAUUCUGCUUUUAUUAAACUAUGACCCUGUGCACCCCGUGUUUAAUUAAGCUUUUGCAUUUAAUAGAUGACGUCACUUUUCUUUCUUUCUUUCUUUGCUCGCUUCUUCCUGUGCAUUGCCAGAUAGGUAACCAUAUCCAUGCCCCGCCUUCAUCUUUUCCCUCAUUUGCUGCCUCUCAUUGUCCCACACUCAGAUUUCCUCAGGUGUGUCCGUCUCUCUGUUAUCAUCCCAGCACCUGUUGACUUGCUGGUUGCGGUCGAUACCAUCGUUAGUGUUUGGCUGCGUGAACAAACGGCCUUGAGACUGUGAAUGAAUGAAUGUGGACUUGUGUGCCUUUCAUCCUGAUACAGGGUUGAUUUAAAGGAGAAAUAAAAACAUUUUCACACGAGCAGCUGAAACAACAGGUCAAAUAACAACUUUAAUACCUGCAGGAUGAAGGAUGAAAAUCUCUGAAAAGCAGCACCGGAGGCUAACCAGGGCGUUUGCUGUGUGUUCAGUUGCAAAUGAAUAAAUUUCUGUUGACAUUUAUGCCACUUUGUGUGUGUGUGUGGUCCUUGUGGUGGAUUACAGUGUAGUCUGAGUUAUUGCCCUGACUUGCCCUCUGAGGGAAUGACCACACACGGACACACACAGAGCUACAAACACACAUUUUUACGUAUCCGAGUAUAAUCUGCACUCGUCCUGUCAGAGUCCUCGCUCAGCGGGGAUCAUUAAAGAGCAGUUAAUUACCCAUAAUCCUCUCUAGGCCAGAUGUCUGCUCUGUUGGAAUGAUCUGAAUUUGUGAGCCUCCCGUUUCCUCAUAUUUUCAGCUCCAACAAUCGUGCAUGUGCUUUGUUGUUUUUUUCUAAUCCGUCGUUUCCUCCUUUGCGUUUGCAUUGCUCCUCCCACUUUAAAGCCUCUUUCAUACCUGCUGUCUUUGAUCCUCUGUUGGGAGUUUGUACACUUGAUUUGUACUCUCGGUGUUUCUGUCUCUCUCUCUCUUUCUGCUGGUUUCUCUGCCCACAAAUCCUCCCCCCUCCUCUCGCCUCCCGCCUCCUCCUUGCCUCUCUUUUCUGUGCACACUCGCUCGGAUCCAGAGGCACUCGAGUGUUGUUGACUUGUUGCAGCCACCCCAAAACAAACUUUAGUCCCACAGCCUGCUGUUUGAGCCACUAUAAGGUACUGUAGCAAUCGGAGCCAGUGUGUAUGUGUGUGUGCGUGACUUCAUGCAUUUAUUGCCUUUAAUUAGUUUGUAGCAGUGAGUGUGUGCACAGCGUGCAAAGGUGAAACACUUUGAGUCUGUGGUGACUGCUGGAUUUGUGAGGCUUUUACUGUCACACGUGUUUUGUUUUUUAACUGAUUUAAAUCUGCAUCAGCUUAUUUGGUCUCAGGGGAAAAAUCUUCCAAUUAUCUCUGUUUCCAAAGAGGCUUUGAAGUGAUAAAUUACUCUCACUGUAAGCUGACAGCAGAGUGACACUCAAAGAUGAUUUUUACUUUGCUUUUUUUUUUUCAGAAAUCCAACUUCGGUGUAAUUAAAUAAACCUUCAUUUGUCCCUUUUGUGACUUUGGAAACAUCUUCUGACGAAAGCCAGUAACUGAUUUUCAUCUCAAAGUGCAGAAGUCCCUAAAUAUAAUAACUGUGGCACAAUUUGAUCCUUUUUUUUUUUAAAGUCAUGUUUGACGGUUUCAUUCAAUAGUUCUCUAUUUUUUUGGCUUUUAUAUUCAAUUUUAAACCCAGAUUACAAUUUAAAAUGAGUUUUAGACACAAUAGGUGAAUUUCAAUCCACUAUCACGGUCCUGCCAUCAAGCUUGUGGGGACGUCUUUGAGAAGAAAAGUGUGUUAAUGAGUGAGGAGAGCUGACUGAGCUUUCUAGAAUCUGUGUGUCAGCUCAUCCUCGUUAGCCGUAGUUUUUAGCAGCUGGCACCAGGGCCUGGGUUUGGAAUCCAUGUUUAAAAAAAUGUGAUCAACAUCCUCCUUCAGUCCAAUUAGCAGCUAUUGUCAGUAUUGUGGAAGUUUGUGUGCGUGUGUGGGUGGGUGGUUUGCAGUCGGUUGUUGUAGAAAGCAAUAUGAUCUCCCUUUUGUUUGUCUGUGGUUUCACUUUGGAGAAAUCUUUCAUCCACCUUUUCCUCCUCAUCUCCACCUAAUCCUCUUCCUUUUCUCCCGAAACACCUCCUGAGCUGAAGUGAGGGCUCACACAUAAGAAAAUCUGCAUAAACAGGCUCAUUUAUUCCUGAUAUUGUUGCAGAUUAGACAUGUGAUCCUGCUGUCUGUAGCUAGCCAUAAUAUCAACAGCCUUUUAUAAGCCAAUAAUAUGCCAGCUAAUGUUAGGCUCAAGUAGCCUAAAAAUCCCACUUUCUGUCUAAUAAACAGUUUGGUUACAUUCUUACGUCAUGUGAGAGUUUUUUUGCAGGAGUCUGUUGCUCCACUUCCAAGGAAGCUUCAGAAACACUAACAACGAUGUCUUUAAAAGUACAUUUUUAAUGUCAAUGAGACUUUUUACCCAAAAACUGAAGCUAAAAUAUGGCUUAAUAUCAUACAUAAGAGAUAUUUUAGACAGAUUUUAGGCUAACAAGUCAUUUAGAACAGUUUAAAUACCAGGAAAUCCUUUUUCUGGCACAACACUGCCAUUAUGGAGGGUAACAGAGGGUUAAAUAAAUGAAGCAAUCCAAUAAUGGCACUUAUUAAAUAACAGUGCACAACCUGAAACAUAUGAUGGCAUGACUGAAAACCCAGUAACCUGACUUUUAACUGUGCUUCAGUUAAAUUUUUGCUGAUAUGAUUUCUCAACCCGGCAAAAAAAGAAACCCAAAAUCACCGCCAUAAACCAACCAGCGAGUUGGACGAUCACCUAAACCUUAAAGUUGUUGCUAUGCUUUCUGUGAUGAAAUAAUCUCAGUGGAUAAAAUACAACCAACCUUUUAUCAAGAGUGACAGCGAAGAUUUAUUUCUGUUAAAGCCAAAAUUCAGAUCCAGCCAGAUGUUGAUUAAAGUUGUUUGACUGAAUCAGGAGCAGCUAAGAGGAAGACGGCAGUUCAUGGCUGUCACGUUUGGUGGAAACCACCACUGGCAGGAUGAAGUCACCAAAACUCAGGCAGCUAAAGACGGCCAGCGUCUCUGUACAACUUCUAGGGCUCUGACAUCAACAUCAUGAAAUACAAAUCAAAGGUUUCUCGACACUUUUUCAGCCUCGUUUGAAAAAUUUCCCCUCAACACCUCGGUGAGGUUUCCUAACUUGGGGCGACUCGGCUGGAACAUGGAGCUGCUCUGAUCGGAACGAGCUCUGUGGCCCGCAGCAAAUAAAACCCACAGACAUAAUAUCAGAUUUAAUUCUCUUUCUCAACAGAGGUUUCGCAGGUUGAAACAGAAAACAAAUCGGAGUUGCACCUGUCUCUCAUUCGCUGGAACAGGACAAACAGGUAAAAUCGCUUCCUGGCUCGUGGCAAAGGGGGAAAUAUGUGCUGAGCAGAGCACGGAGGAGGUAAACAAAUGCUUGACUGCUGAAAAAGAACUUCUGUUUGCCUUGUUUUGAUCCGUCGUUUCUCUGAAAGCGGCCUCUCUCUUAUUAUGAGAAGGUUCGGCUUGGCAUGCUCUGAUAGCUAGUUCAAGGCUGGGCCAAGUUGAGAGAAGAGUAAAUAUUAUGGAUGCUGUGGUGAGAUUUGAACAGCGAAGGAGAAAAGAAACCACACUUUCUAUCACGCUUUGGUCAGCUCAUGUGAGAGCUGCAGGGAUGUGGAAGGCGAAGUCAGGUCUUGUGGUCGUCCUCGUGUGAAUACGACUUGAGAAAGAAGGCGAGAGACGAGAGAGAAAUCAGCGGCGGGCAGGGAGGUGGAAUUUUCUCACCUUGCCUGACUUUUCUGGGACAGAGACGGUGAUAAAGGGGAGGGAUGGAGAGUGAGAGGCUGAAGCAGUGAAAAGACGGAGUGGUUCAAAGAGAUGAGUCUGAUAAAAAUGAUCUUUCAGUGUAAGACUGAGCCUGAAACAGAGAGAAGAAAGAGAGUGUGCCUGUAACUCAGAGCCGUAGCUGACAAGAUGUGGCCACCUGUGUGAAAUUGAGGCCAAAAAACCCCCAAACAAACAAACAAAAAAAAACAGGCAGUAUCAGCAAGAAAUUGAAUGGUUCACUCUCUAACGCCACUUUCUGUUUCACCCUCCGGGCCUCACAGCUGUUACAUAACUGGUGGUAUCAAGAUUUGAGGUGGGGGGAGGCUAAAAGCAAUCUUUGUGGUGGGUCCGGGGAUGAACCUGGAUUAGUGAUGGUUUAGGGAUAUUGGUAAUAGGGAAUCCCAGCAGAUUUCAUUGAGCAAAUAUGCCAGAGAGUACUAAAUGCCAGCAAAAGGGAGGGAGAGAAAAAAAGACAGGAGUUCAGCUCUGCUGACAGCAUCCAUCCACCUGCUUUAAGUGUCUGUGAGAAGGCUGUGACUCCAGCUUCAGUGCUGUGGUCGUGUCUGCAUUUACAAAUACCUGUGUCAUAUCUUUUAUGCUUCACCAGUUUUUGCAGGCUUGGAUGAAGGAUUGUGAUAUUUAAGAUAAUUUCUAAUAAAGGCAGAUGUUACAAACAGCUCACACCCUCAACAGAGGAAAAAAUACAUUUUUUUAAUUUAACUGCAUGCUUUUCAUAACUUAACUUUUCAUGUCUAUCUGACUGGAUCUGCAUCUCGAAUUUUAGUGACUAUUAGAGGCAAUAUUCUAAGGAAAACCCUUUCCCUAGCUCCAGCUCUGGGUUAAAUGAGACUAUACAAAAGUAUAGAUUAUAGACUAUAUGCAAAGAUGGCCAGUAGCCACAUAACCCACUGGAAAAACCAGAACCCUCAUCAGGCAAGUGUUUGUUGAUGUCAUUAAGUGAGAGGGACGGGGGCCAUUCUCCCACAAAUUAUCCAACUGAAGGUCCUUUUGAAACCACUGGAGGCGCCUCCUGCUGGCUAUUAUCUCUGGCCACCAGGGGGCGAUCUGACAUAAAGUGCAUGCCUUGCCUUUUGCAAUAGACUGCAUAUAAAAGAUUAAUUUAGUAACUGUGACAUCCCCCAGUGGUUACCAAAAUCCUGCUGUGGAGCUUCGAGUUGACAUUGCCAUCUUGGUGUUUUGACACCAAAUGGGAUGAACGAGGGCGUAUCUAACUGACACACCAGGUCGUACUCCACACUGCAAGGCUAACAAUUCACCAUACAAUAUAAAGCGCUAUGAGGCAACUGUUGUGAGUUGGUGCCAUACAAAUAAAGCUAAAUUGAAUUGUAGUUGUCAUUCACGUUGUUAAGCAUAGCAUGCUUUUUGGUCUUCCUGGGCGCUACUAGCUUACAAAAUUAGCAUCAUGUUUUAUUCUGGUUUAAAGCUAGAAAAUGAAAUUAAAGAGGGUUCACCCAGUGAGUGAGCUGAGGGAGUUUUCUCUAUAAACAACAUGAGUCGCUCCCUGCUGGCCAUUAAAAAACAUGUUCUCUUUAUUCAGUACUAGAGGUUGUGUCCAAUUUUUAUAUAGAGUCUAUGAUAUGAGAUUUUUCUCUCAUUAAAUAAGUAAACUUUAGAUUUACAAAAGCUUGAUGGAUGUUUUCCCUCGUGUCUAUAAAUUUAUGUGGUAAUAUCUCAUUGUCAGUCCUCGACUUUGUUUGUGAGUGCGAGCCAGCAUCGUCUAUUCUCCAGCACACCCUUGAAACACAAUGCUCUUCAUUAAAGAAACAGCAAUAAUGAUGCUAAUAAAGUGGAAAAUAAUCUACUAAAAUGUGCCUUUAGGGAAAGGAGAUGAGCUGUGAAGUCAUUUUUCUCAGUUUUACUGCUCGGGCUGUUAAUGCUGUGAUGGCUUCUGGCAGAACAAGCGUACAAGUAAACAUUCCCAUGAAGCCACAGAGAGUCCGCUCCCGUUUCUCUAGAAGUAAACAGACGGAAGUUAUUGUGCUGGAAUCUCAUCUUCAUUUCCUCAUUGCUGCUCUUAGCUGUGUAUCAGCUUGCAGAGAAAUAAAUGUGACCUGGAUCCAAGUGACAUGCUCACAUAAAUGCAGUCAGUCGAGAGUUUAUUUAAAUAUUCUUGUGUCAUGAGCUAAAGAAUGGGGAAACUGAGACUCAGACUCACUAAACCUUGACAAUAGAAGACUGGAAAAACAUUAUCUGGUGUGAGUCUCAAUUUCUGCUGCUACAUUCACAUGGUAUGGUCAGAAUUUGCAGUAAGCACCAUCAAAACAUGGCUCUGUUGUGCUUUGUAUGGAAAUUUAUUUCAAUUCAGUUUUAUUUAUAUAGCACCAAAUUGCAACAAAAUCCCCCUCAAAGAACUUUUAUAUUGUAAGAAAAAGACAACAAUUGAGAGAAAACCUCAACAAUCAAACAUCCCCCUUUAUUACUACAGUGUAGAAUCUCACAGCAGCACUAAAGAUAGUUUUUCUCAAGUCUUGAUAAUUUGGAGAAGAGCUCUUCAUCGCCUUUCUCUAUCGGGAUUUUAUCAGGAUGUGCAAUGCAGCAGAGAGGAAGAGGAAGAGAGAUGACAGAGGAGAGCAGGACAAGAAGAAGACGAGGAAGGAUCGGGUGGGUUUAUCAGGCUGUACGCUCGUUCUGACGGACCAAGAGAGACAGACUGCAGUCUCCAGUCAGACUUCUGCUCUGUUUGACGAGCACGCAGCUGUUCUUCUGAUAUAAAUUAAGUAUAAUAUAUUGAAUUUAAUUGAGCUGGACGGGCAAAUAAGGUUAAAAGAUGUAAAAGACAAAAGACAGAAAGAAAAAAAAAAUCAGUGGUACGGCCACGUGGUCAUGAAAUAUAAUGGAGAGAUAGGAGUACUUAGUUUUGGAAUAUAAAAGAACAAGAAUGGCCUCCAGUGCUCUUUACUCUCUGCUCCUGACAAAUGGAAAUGACCUGCAGGCUCCGUGUGUGUGUGUGUGUGUUUGUGUGUGUGUGGUGGUCAGUUUGCUUUUCCCUUUUAUUCCGUAGUCAACAGAGAUGUAACACUGCACCAUCUGUCUGCUUUACCUCCAGAGGUAGAGUGCCAUCGUUCCACUGCGGUUUUAUGAGUUAUUAUUAGUUUUAGAUCUAACCCAACAAUGAUGCAACAGUGAGCAAAUAUGAUGGAUGAAGGGUCCAUCAUUCUUUGAUUUUGUUACUUAUCGACACAUCCAGCAGCUGUGGGGCAACGUUAUUUUUCAUUUGGAGUAGUGUUUCUAUCUUUCUUAUUAAGUCCAAAGUUUCCUUUAGUUUUUUUGUUUGCUUUGGUGUCCAUGUACUGCUGACUGAAUCCAUCACGUUCUCAGUUCAACUAUUCACCGAGUGACGCUCGGGCGGGACUUUUCCUAUUUGGGACCACAGACUGUAUAUAAAAGAUGGACUGAUGGCAUUUUUUUUUUAGGUAAUUUGUAUCAUUUUUAUUAUUUUUAAUAAGCUAUUUGCUGCCAUCACUUUAUCCCACCCACACCUUUUAGGUUCAUUAUGCUCAAUAGCAUCAUUACAGGAACUCAGAAAUUCAUAAUUUAUACCAAGGUUUGAAAGAUGAGACUUUUUUUGAAAAACAAACAAACAAACAAACCAAACAAUAAAAAAAAAACUUCCAAUUUGGAGUUUUCUUCUCUUAUAGCAGAGCUGAUGUGGGGAUUUUUGUCAGAGUGGCGAUCCCUGUCGUACAGGAGCAUACUGCAGCAUGUUAGCGCUGUAAAAUGGUGCGGAGCUGUGGUGAAGUCACCGUUGGCAUGCAAAGUGACUCUACUGGACCAACUUGCAUACUGCCAGAUGACACCAAAGGAGUACCAAGAGCACAUGACUAUAUAAGUAGCUGCAUGUGCGAUAACUGUUAAAUGUGACACUGUGUUCAGCAGAUAUUUGCUUGGUGUGUUUUCUUUCCCUUUUAUUUUGUUGGUGAGCUUAUUCACCUGACAGCGCUGCCCACUGUGACCCCUGAGAGCAGUGAGGAGGAACCGGUGCAAUAGUUAUGAGCUGGACAGCUCAGCAAUGUGCUGAGAGCUCAGUAAAGCCAAGCGGAGCUGCACAUCCAGCUCAUCCUCUCUAACUUCCUCCUUUAACACUCUGAUACAUUCUUAUAAUUAAAAUACUGAUUGUAGCUGCUUUCAGUUUUUGGCUCAAAGUAAUCAUCAAUGUCAUGUUUAGUAAACACAGAAAUUAAAGGUUUUGAAAAAGGUAAGUCAAAUGUGGAACAAAUGUAAGUUUAGCUCUAAUUUUUAGUUAUUUAAAGGGUUACGUGAUGUUGUGCUGCGAGGUAGCCGUGAUACGCCUUUUUCAAUCUUGAGUAGAAAAUGAAUUUCCACUUAGUCCCUUCAUAACUGUGUCUGGGUGACCUUGUCCAAACUCUAUAUCUGUGUGUGUAUUUGUGUUUGUGUGUGUGUGUGUGUGUGUGUGUGUGCGUGUGUGUGUGUGUGUGUGAGACCUGUGCUUUACGAGAUCGAGUGUGCAGACUUGAUAAAGGGAAGGGAAGAUGUGAAGGAAAAUGAAGGGAGCGAGGAAUGAGAAGAGAAAUCCUCUCCUCAUUUUGUAUUCUCCCCGCUUCCCUCUUUCACUCCUUCACCCGCUCAGUCUCAUUCCCUUUGCCGCUCACUUCACUUUCAAUUUUUCUCCCUCGGUCUAAGCCCACCCAGUUUCCCCAUCCUUAUUUAGUCAUCUUGCUUUCUUUUUUUUUCUCCAUCUCUUUCUUUCCUUCUCCUUCUCCUGGAGUCCUUCUCCACACGUCUACCCCCAUAUUUUUCUCUGUCCUUCCACUUUAUGGUUUGGCCACCUUACUUCAGAUGUUUUGUACGAUUCGUGGAUCGUAUCAGAUGUUUUAUUCACAGCAUGAAACAAUGACAUCUUUAUUCCGGUGCAAAAGGCUGCAACACAUGAGGCUGUUAGUGCAUCAAUAAUUCAGUGCAUCAAGAAAAAUUGAAAGAUUAUGAUUGAAAAUUAUUUAAAAACUUCAGGUGUUCUUAGUAGAUGUGCAAACCCACUAAAAAGUCUUGAUUUUCCUGGCUGAAGACGUAUCAGCUUGCACCUUUUCCAUUUCACAAUGAUACCAACCUUUUUUUUUCUGCAAGAAUAAACUCAGAGCUGAUUCAUUUCCAUUACUUCUUUUUAUUUACAGGUUAAGCCACACAAAGAGACAUGAAUGUCUGUAACAUACUUGAGCAUUUUAAAAUAGAUUUAUUAAAAUGAUUUCUUCAAAGCCACGCCCACACAGGGACCUGACAUUCCUGUUGCCUAAGCAACCCUCUAAUGCUUAUGUGACUAUUAGUUGGAAUGUUGUCUGGAUCUGGUCCAGACGUGUUUUUAGAAUUCAGUGAACCGUUUCUGUUUUAAAAUGUGCAACUUAUCUUAUAUUUACAAUAGUCAGCGCUCGUGUACAAGAAGUCAGAGACCAAUCUCAGGCACUGUAACUCAUCUCAUGUGACACAACUCGGCCAAUUCAAUUCACUUUCAGCAGAAUUCUGCCUGGGACUUUUCGAGGUGGAGGUGGAGCCCAAAGGAAGAAUGGGAUUAGUCACAGGUUAAAGUUAUCAUGUUUCACCCCAGCAGCAAUGUACUUGCUGGUUUACAAUUUGGGAAAUGAAGUCUGCUGGAUUAACUUUGCACACUUACUUUAGCUGUGUUGCAGUGAAAGUGCUGACAGCAGUCACUGGAUUACUGUGAUAGGGAAAAGGGGAAGUUUUGAAGCCUCCGCACCCCGGUCCCAGAAGCUCGGGAGACAGAGCGGGUUGUCUACUAAUCAGAGGUUUUGGUCGACCUCUGGCUCACAAAGUGGUUAGACAUAAAAUAAUCGACUUCUAUAAAUGUGUUUGAAUGAAGCUUGUAGUACGAAAAUGCGUCCAGAUUAAGUAGAAAAGCAAGGUCCAGCUAAUCUAUUUACAUACCUUCAUGUAACAAGUUGCCAAGGCAACUGUUGUUGUGAUUUGGCACUAUAUAACUAAAAUUGAACUGAAUUGCUUAGGUUGCUGUCUCUGUGACCCAGGUUAAGAUUCAAAACGCUUCCUCGCCAUUAUGCAAGCAUCGACAAAUUAAGGCAAUAAACUGAAGAAAAUUGACAGACGGCACAAGUGUAGUAAAUUUAACAGACUGUUUAUUAGUGAAAUACUAUAUGAUGAUACUGAAAGUGCAACGACAAAGAGGACUGACCUUUUCGCUCUAUGUCAGCUUGCGUGAUAACAGUUUGCAGUCAAGUCCAAAACUUCUCUACCAACAUACAAAUAAAAGCUGUCGGUCACACUUGCACGACAUCUCAUCUCUUGUCACUGAUACCAGUCCAGCUUUCUGACUCAGUAUCAGACUGACAUCUAAUCCUCACACUGAAUUGGCUCACAUCCUCCUUUCCAGCCUCAAUGCUGUCGCCUUACCGGGUAUCUAUCUCUCCUACAGCUUUUCGAGUUCCUCAGCUCACUAAAAAGCUUUUAUUUUGUCCUAAACGGCAAUAAAAUGAGAGUAAAUGUUGUUGUCAGCCAAGUAUGCAAAAGUAUGUGGACAACAGCAAAAAGGGGGGAAGCAAGGUUGUCCAAAUACUUUUGGCUGUGUAGCCGGUGUCUCCUCAGUUUUCUGGUCACAUAGCUGAUAGUGGACCAAUCUAUCACUUUCUCCUUCUCUGCACCGACCCCUCCUCUCUCUUUUCUUUUCUUUUCUCCCUGAUUUCUCGCUCUGCCUCUUUCACUCCCUCUCCUCUCUCUCUCACUUGUGUUCCUCUUCCUCGAUCUCUCGUCUGUGAUUGCCUGCAUUCUUUCUGAAUUGAGCAGCAGCGGCUGGAUUCAACUGGCUGGGAGCUAAUCAACGCAAUGGAUGCUCUCUCUCUCUCUCUCUCUCUCUCUCUCUCUCUCUCAAGACACACAAACACACACAUGCGUAACGCACAUGCUCACUAACUGCACUGAAACCUUACACUAAAAUAUGCACAGCUGCUUACGCACACUUUGUUUCUCUCACACACAAACACGCCGGUACCCAGGCUGCUUUGUCACCAGCUCACGUAGCGCUGUGCACUCACCCAAGCUCUCUCUCACACUCACACAUAUAUACGUAGAGUAGGACACACACACUCAUCUGCAAUCACACGCCGAGCUCCCCUCACACACCACAGACAUGCAGUCACACACUUCGGGACGCAGGCGGCUUCGGUGAUGCUGUGACGCUCAGUCCUCCCUCUCACUCACACACUUAUCGGCUGUCACUCGUCUUGCACAUGCUUUAAUCCGGGAGACGAGCUCACACCUCGACCGUCACUCUCUCUCUCUCUCUCUCAGUCAGUCAGUCAGUGUGUGUGUGUGUGUGUGUGUGUGUGUGUGUCGGUGGCAUGAAGCGGUGAUGUUUUGGGACAGGAAGAAUAGUAUGGGCAAUUCCCAGCGACGGCCCAAAGGAAGACACAGACCCAAAUCGGCAACAGGUACUUUAUCCCUGUAUCUCUCUGGUGCAUUUUUAUGAUUCCUGUCUGCCUCUCACUCUGUUUCCCUUCUCCAUCAGUCCAUCCAUGCACUCAUUUGUCUCCCCCAGUCGAACCUCACCUGACUGGACUCUUUUCACUCGUGUAUUCAUGCAUCUUUCUCGUCCAUUCAUCCUCCACGCUUCCCCAGCCUAUGUGCAUUUACCCAUCUGCCUAUAUGCUGUUGUCAUGUAAUUCUGUUUAUUUUUCUGCUGAUUUCUGCACCCAUUCAUCCUAAAUUAAUUAUUUAAUGCACACGCAACCCUCUAUUUGCCCCUUUAUGGAUCCAACCUUUCAGUCUGUCUACGUUGUAUGACUUCCAUUCAUUUGCUUUUUGGAUUUCUGCCACCAAAUUUGUCAUAUUCAGACCGUCUUAUCAUAAAUCCUUGCAUUUUGCACUAGCCAUCCAUCCAUCUUUCCCCUUCUCUGUCCAAACCUUUGCUGACUUCCUUCCAUUUAUUCACCUGAUCUCUUCUCGGUCUGUCCACCUUUGAUUUUUAUUUUUUUUUUUGGCCGUCCUUUCAUCUUCCGAUUUCUGCCACCAAAUUCGUUAUAGUCCAGGCAAAUCACAUCGCCCAAAAAAUCCUUCCAUCCAUUCAUAUAGUCCUGCACUGGUCCAUCUAUUAUCGCUUCUUCAAUCCAUUUGUCGUCCAAUUUUACCGUCCAUCUCUCCAAACCGUUUCAUAGCCACAUCUCUCGCAUCUAAAUAGUAUUGAUAUUAUGCUCUUCUUCCUUCAUUUUAAUCCCUCCAGCAACUCAUUCAUCAUUUCCUUCCCAUCCACAUCUUUUUAAACUGGCUCUCAGUCCUCUUUUCAAUCUCUCCAUCCAUCCUGGAAAGCCUUCAUUCGUUUUUCUAUCUAUUUAUCCUGUAUAGUAGUGCCAUUUGGGCCAUUGUUCCAUCCAUUUAUCUCUAACUUUUCCCAUCUCUCCAUCAGCAGAGGCUCUAACCCAUUCACACCCCCAUUUAUAUCAUUUGUGCUUCGAUUCAUUUAUCAUUUAGCUCACGUUCAUUUACCCAAACAUCCAUCUCUCCUUCCAGUUUCCUUCAUCUUGGCUCUCAGGUUUGAAUGAACUAGGUCAAUUUGUCGUAUAACUCUUUGCUGAUAAACUGUGUGUGUGUGUGUGUGUGUGUGUGUGUGUGUGUGUGUGUGUGUGUGUGUGUGUGUCUGUCUGUCUGUUGGUGUACCCUAUACACUUUAAAUCCAAAGUGUGUUCUUGUGCAAAUUCUAAUGUUUCAUGUUUUACACAUUUUGAGUACAACUUGCCACAUGCUGCAGUGUUGUGCAUGCACAAGUGUGUGUGUCUGUGUGUGCAAUUGCUCGGGUGCACUGCCCAGUCCUGCACGGUUGGAUGGGAUUACUAGUGGUCUCUUUAAUUAUCUCUGGGGGCGAACGAGGUAGAGAUAGUGUGCAGGAAAGAGAGAGAGCGAGAGAGAAAUGGGAGAUGGAGAGAAGCGGAGAUGACAGCCCUUGUAAAUCUGAAGCUCUUACUCGCUUCCUCAUCGAAUGAUUAAGGGGGAGAAGGGGAAGAGGAAUUGGAUAGGAAAGGAUGGAGAAAGAGAGGGAUACAAGAGAGGGGGCAGUGGGAGGAAGAUGAUGAAGCAGAACAAGAGGAAGAUUGGCUGGGGCAGAAACGACGAAGAGGAGAAAGAUAAGGGAGCAAAAUUAGAGGAGGUGAAAAAAAAUUGAUGAUGAAGUGCUUGGAGGGGAGGAAGAGAAGGAUGUUGCGCUGCAAAACACACAUGCAAAGUGUUUAUGUCGCUUUGCAGAGCUGCAUAGAGCCGAGCUGAGAGAGUAAACACACCCAUAUGCUCAGUCUCCUUCUGGAGAACAGUGUAUGUGUGUGUGUGUGUGUGUGUGUGCGUGUGCAGCAUGUAUGUACGUUUUAACAGAAGCCGACAGCCAACUGGCCUCCGUGCACCUGCAGUGGUGCAAUAAUCAGCACAAGACAUUUCCUGAUAUGUUUGACCUUGACUUUAAUCGGCAUCCAGAGCACAUUCAUCAUCUUUCACACCACAGUGACGGUCACCAGAUGCUGCAUCACAUACACUACUGGUUCAUUUUCUAAGAUUACUGGUGUGAUGACGACACGGUCAGACACAAGAGGUGUAAUUGCUGCUUAACGGGCAAAAAGGAGGAACCGUAUUUUUUUCACAGUGAAGUGAAAGAAGCUCUGGUCAGGACAGCUGGUCGUUUGGCGAGGAGGAAUGUGCGAAAUUCCUCGUGAGGAUUUCUUUAGCAGUUCUUGGCUUUGAAAAAUGAAACCUAAAAUGUUGUUGUAUUGCAGGAAGUCCUCAGACUGAUGAGGUCAGAUUGGAUGUUUCGUUAAAGGUCUUAGAAGCAAGUCUCGCUGUCUUGAAAUGCCUCCAGGAACUUACUUGGGUGGCUAAUUAUAACUUUAAUUUCAGGGAAAACUGGUACGCAGUGGGUCAAAGCUCAGUUUGACUGACUGAUCUUUUUAGAAGUGUUUUUAACCUGGACAUAGAGGAGUCAAUUUAUAUAGUUAUCAGUACAAUGUGGGUAGAGUGAUGAAUGGUUGCUGCUAACAAGUUGAGUGGAUUAUGCUUACAAUUAUAGAUAAAUUACUUUUUCUUUAUGGUUUUUCUAUUUACCUAUAUAGUAUUUUUUCUUUUCUUUUAAUGUUUAUUGAAGCUUUGUGAAGGCAGUGUGAGAGAGAAAACCCAAACAAUCAGACAAUCCCCUACAAGCAAGCACGACUGUGGAAAGGAAAACCUCCCUUUCAACAGGAAGAAACUUCCAGGUUCAGGGUGACCAUCUUAUGAGUUGAAAAGAGAAGAGACAAAGAAAAGCACAGGAAAAUGGGACAAAAGACCAAGUAUGGGCAAGGGAAGAAAAAAAUGAAUGAUGUAGUGGUGUACAUAAACACCUGGUGCUAUGAAGUCACAGACCUGCCCAGGAUGUACCCCACAUGUUUCCCCGUAACAGCUGGGAUGGACUGGGAUUGUACUAUACUACAAGAUCUUUAACAUACGACAGAGCCUGAUUAUUUAUGACUUUGUAUGUGAGGUUUUGGAAUUCAACACUAUUUAUAAUGAAGAGAUGCCAGUUACAGGAGAAACAUGUAUAAGGAGGAGUGACACUCAAACAAUCCUCAGAACAAAUGUCUAAACCUAUUUAGUCAAAGAAAUCUUUUGCAGAAACAGAAAACAUAUAAGGCUGGAUCUUUGUCUCUGUAUUCAUUUAGAUAGAGGACUUUGAGAUUGAUUUCUAUCGCCACCUCUGCUGGGAUUAAACCACCAAAGAUUUUUGGAGACAUUAUUCAAAAGCCAAAUAUUGUAAACUGUGAAUGGACAGGGUUAGGGGUACUUGGACCUGACAGGUUAAAUAUCUGUCCGGAGGUUUUACCAAGAUGGCUGCUUAGGAGUUCAUUCAAGUUCAGCGGGUAGAGUGUGUCAUUUGCUAAUUGGAUGGUUGGUGUUUCAAUCCCUGGUCCUCCAACAAAGGAUCCUUGGAUAAAAUAGAUCCAUUGGAAAAGCAUUUGUUUGAUUAAAGCUUGUAGUAAAAACACUUUGAGUCCUCAAAGUGAGUAGAAAAGCACUAUAUAUAUCCAUUUACCUCAGCUUGGAUUUUUGUUGUCGAGCGGGUAAGCUGACCCCAGCAGCAUUAUCAUGUGAAGUCUGUGCAUACAUGGCCUAUGACAUUUUUAUUUUGGUGCACCGCAAAUCUCAGUGAAUACCUGUUAGUCAGACGGUGUAGGCACAUCAGUAAUUUCUGCCUUUGGAUGUUCCGAUGAGGGGAGUUUUAAUGUUGUUAGACUAUUUAGCUGCUAAUUUCUCACAUUAACUUCCAAUUUCUCCUCCUUCUGAUGUUUUUUAAAUGCCUUCCCCUGUUUACUUCAAGCCAAUUAAAACUCGAAUCGCAUCAUAUCCAACACAGAUUUUCUUCACGUGGGAAACCCUCAGUGGACGACCUCUGUGUAGUUUUCAUUCUUUCUUUGAGUAAAUGAAGCCUUUUCCAGUUUUUAACCUUCUUUUAUCCCUUUAUGUUUGCUCUCUGUUUCUUUUUCUUUUGGUGGUAUCAAUUAGAGGGAUGUGGAUCAAUUCAUAUAUUCAUAUAUUGUUACCUGCGCUGGCAUUGGUAUGGGAUCGAUGCAGUGAAUGCAGGUCUCUUUGUUAUUUGUAAUCGCUGAAAUGAAAUGGCUCUGACUUCAGGGCUUAUGACAUUCCUAAUCACCAGAGUUUGUCUUUGUUUGUUUUGCUGUAUCACAUUUACACAUAAUGAAGGCUGCAAAAACCCACAAGCUGUGAUUAUUCAGACUUUAACUGCGUAGAUGGGAAUCUCUUGGCCAAAUCGUGGCACCGGCGUAAGGGAUGAUGGUGGUUUUGACAGAGAGAUCAUCUAGUCUGAGCCGGGAUUUCUGCUCGUUCCCAUCUCAUCGUCUUUUCCCUGUCCCUGCUUUUACCUCUCCCUCUUUCACCCAUCAGCUGUCUCCUGAUUCUCCAACUUUUUUACCCCCUGGCUCUUCACUCGCACACACAUCUCGCUGUUGCAAACACAUGAAUGAACAGAGUGGUUGUAGAUUUUCUCUGUGAUCACUCUGGCCCAUCGCACCUCAGCUGCUAUGCAACCGUUAUCCCAGCGAUCACACGAUGACACGUUUCCUUUGUUCCUGUCUCCGUGCUCCAAAACAUCCAAAAUAUUCAUUUUUCCCACCUCUUGCACUGCUUUGUUUGCUCUUCUCACUUGCUUCUUCGCGUCGAGAGAUGUGACCGACCAUGCAGACGCAUGACGGACGUGUUCAUUCAUACAUUUUCAAAGCGGUGAUGUCAUUCCCAGCGCUGGCAGGCAACCUGCAGCAGGAGAGGGAGAAGAAGAGGAAGAGUGUGAGGGAUGGGGAAAGAGGGGUGUGUGGAGAUAAUUAGAUGGAGGUGAGGAGGGAGGGUUCUGAGAGAACGAUUGAGAGAUCUGAGGUUAGAUACUUGAUGUCAGAGAGAGAGACAGAGAGAGGCAAGAGAUGCAGGGAGGAUAAAGACACGGGGAGGAAGAGGAGGGAACAAGAGUUUCUGGAAGAUCGACAAGGGAAGCAAAAAAGAGAAGAUGAGGAAGAUGAAGACGAGGCAGAUGAAUGUGAGAAGACAGGAAACAGAGCCUGGGAACUUGUGUUUGGAGGGGAGGGUGGAGUGGUGGGGGGAUAGUGUUGCUAUGGCAAUUGUACAGGUGUUAAAGCAGGUCAAUCGAAUGCCGGUCGGCCCUCUGCCAGUGGCCAGUGAGCACGUGGGUGCCUCUGGAUGCACUCGCUGGUUUGUCCAUUCAUUAGCAGCCGAGUGUGCGUCGCCUGCUGAUCGGUUAGAACAGCGCAUCUUCAUCCUUUGUAACUCUUCUUCUUCUGACAGUUGUACUCAGUACUGCAUCAUUUAGGCAAGCGCACAUAAACUCAUAAACAUUUCCCCCGUCUGAGUUUAAUAGUUCAAUAUCUGCUCAGCCUCCAUCGCAUUUCAAUAAACCCAACUGUUAUACUCUGAACAACAGAAUAAAGACUAUUGAACAGGAAGUGCUGGUCCUGACUGAAACUGGGCCUCUAAGUUGUCUCUAAAAUGCAUCCACUGUGGUAUUACAGGAUGGCAUUGGCUUUUUUCCCUCUCCUUGCUCAUGAGAAUUAAUGUUUUGCUGCUACUCACGAGGAUGGGGAUGAAUAGGAGCUUCAAAAUGGGACUGAAAUCUUCAGCUGAAGUCAGAAAGAAUGUCUGACUUCAGGGAGGCAAGAACAGAUAACAGCCUCGCUGCUGCAAAGUAAGGACCUUAUGAUAUAAAGAUCACUGAAAAUAUGCUUUAUUAUGCAUGGCCUUCAUUGUCAAAUACAUAUAUAUGAGGGAUUAGUUAAACCUUGCAAGUACCGUCCUGGGCUCUCUUUUGCCUUUAGAACUGCUGCAGUUCUUCCUGACACAGAUCCAACAAGGCGCUGGAAGCAUUCCUCAGAGCUGUUGGUCCAUGUUUCCAUGACAGCAUCACACAGUUGCUGCGCCCUAAAGGUGCAGCAUCUGUGUAUUAGGCUGAGAUAUGGUGACUGUGGUUACCAUAUGAGUAUUUAUAUAUUUUACCAAAAAGCUUGGCAGAUAGUUUUGUAAGCAGGGCUCUAAACAAAGUCCUUAAAGUCAUGUUUUCAGGGUUAAUAUUAUACUACAGGCAACUUUAACCAUGAUUUCACAUGUCAAAGAAUCAGCAGCAGAUAAUAAAAGUGAAGUAAUUUCCAUUUGGAAAUAGACACAAUCAGGUGCAUGUAGCCUUCACAUCAGCUUUCAUCAGGUUUUAUGCAAGAAAAGAGAGAGAAUAUCAACAAUAUUUCAAUUUAGUUUCGUUUAAAAUCUUCAUACCUGCAAAAUGUAAAAUAAAAAUCAAAGCUUUCCUUCUUAGAAACACGUGUGAAUAUGUCUUCAAGUGUAUUUAAGUGGUUGGACAGCUACCAAACCCUCAACUUUGCCGUUCUCUGACAAACAUUUUAAAGUGGAUAUAUUAAUAAGAUAUAUUAAUCUUUAAAUGUCCAGCACUAGUAUAAAGAUACUUUCUGCACAUUUGCAUUUGACCGAGUUACAGCUGAGAGAAGGCGUACGAGUUUUGAUGCAAAUUGCAGCAAUCAGGAGUCGAGAGUUUUAGAGCACCUUUAGUGCUCCUAUUAGCUGUGAGUCACAUCCUCUGUUACAACUCCAACUGACCUUAUCAACAAAGCAGCCAAAUCUGCGGAUUAAACUAGCACUAAAAGAGAAAAAACAGCAAGAAAGUCUCAUUUUCUUCUGCGCCUUCGUCCCUCGGAACCAGCUUGAGCUUUGUGGUUUGGUCUGCAGGUUGCUUUUCACACCAUUAGUAGACAAAAAACACUUUCCAAUAGUUUUUAAACCGCAGUGAAGUGCUAACAAAAGGUUCAAGAAAAACACAUUUUUUUAAAACUGAUUAUUAUCUUUUUACUUUAUGGAGGGUUUGAGAAGAAUCAUCAAGAGUUAGAUGCUCUUUUGCAGGUUUUGUCCUAAACUGAGACGCUGAGAUAAGGACAGCUGCAUUAAACCCGGAUUGAAUAUGUUUUAUCAUAGAAGUUAUUUAUUUUGUGUUUGUGCAGCCACUAAAACACUCACGGCGGCGUGCUAAACCGCUAAGACUUCAAUCUGAGCGUUGCAGACGCCAGCUCCGCACCCCUGCAGUUUUCUUGUUGUUUCUUGACACGGAGCCCGUCUUUGUUCGGAGAGCAGUUUGUGCCUGUGAUGAAGAGGAAACGUUGCUGCUGAGUCAUCGUAUACAAAGCUCUGAGGGUUACACACGCAGCGGUUGAGCACCUGCUUGUAUGUGUGUGGGUGAGAUCACGUUCCUGCAUACUUAAAACAUGUAAUUAAGGACUUUGCGGAGCUUCACUGAUGCUCUGGUGUCUCAAGAAUAUAUCAAACCUGCUGAGGAGUCUUUAACCUUCAGUUAUCUGAGUGAUAUUUGCAGCAGAGCUCCUCCUGAACUCCCAGUUUCCUUUGAGCCGCUGAGCAAAGCUUCAGACUUACUCACUGGUUACUGAGCAGCAGCUUCUCUGUCGGGGGUUUAGUGCCUUGCUGAGAGGAACCGGUGCUGUUGUAUUUAAAGGUGGAGGGAGGAUUAAUCAUAUGUGCUCCCUGGGUGGCAGAUCUGCAUACUCAGCAUCCGGGCCAGCGCCCAGGCCAGCAAAUGUCCCGUACUAACAACACCUGUCAUUGAAUUGGUUGCACUAAUUCUUCCUUUGCUGUGCAUCCAUUGUAUGCCUUCUCGCCAUUGUGUGGUGGUAUCAUGCUGAGGGCUUUGUCCAUAAUUUUCCUCCUGCAGUGAUUAUUUUGAGAUCUACAAUUCUGCUGAUGGUGAGUUUAGCUCAUUUUGCUGUGGAUAGAGACGUAAGCGCCACUUUAUUCCACAGUUAGCUUGUUUUUUUUUAGCUGUGAUAGAUUUAACCCAGCUUAGUCCUUUAAGUCCGCAUCCUGUUACAAAAGUAAUAGUUUAAUAAUCAUAUAAAUCACAACGAAACACAGCACCAGCAUAUUUUGUUUCUCUUUUUAUGCCAUGUUGAAGCUACGUUAAGAAGAGAGAUGAGGAUCAGUGAGCAGCAGUAUGGCUUCAUGUUGAGACGGAGCACAACAGAUGUGAUGUUUGCUUUGUGUUGAUGAAAAAGUAUAGAAGGAGCUUUACUGUGUCUUUGUCGAUCUACAGAAAGCGUGUGAUAGGGUGAGAGAAGAAUGUAUGGUUUGGUGACAGUGACACUGACAAAUCUAAGAAUCGCAGUAACUCAACCACAAAGUGUCAGAUGGCAUAAAGCUACAGAGCGAGGUCGUUGAGUCACCAACACUCUGCUUGCUUAAUAACUGCACUGAUCCAAACCUCCAUUGGGUUUAACAUCAGCACAAAACUGUAGGCUGGUAGUUCAUGACAAGAAUUUCCAUCCUGCAGCUGCUGUGGGUGAUCAGUAUUUAUUUAUGUUGUCAAGAUUUCUUACCUUACAGUACGUCAACAAAAUUCUUUGAUGAGAGUGAAAAAAUCUCCAACUACAGUGUUGACUGACUCAACUUUGGUCAGUCAAACUCUAGACUUGAUUGUCUUGUCUUCAGCCUUUUUUAGGAACAAACCAAAAAUGGUGCUUUGCCUCAGCCACUAACAAAACACAGCAGAUUAUCUAAAUCCACCAAUUCAGCAAUUCUGUAGCUUUUUCUUAUAUAUUUAAUUAUCAAAUCCAUAUUAUUCUUAUCAGUAUCACGUUGGUUACAUUUUUAAAUGGAACAAACAUCUAAUUCUUUAUACCUUUCCCCCCUUUUCCUUUUCCUCUGUUGGUUUGGCCAGGGUGCUUUCCUUCCUCUCUUACUUCCUGAAAACACCGGAGGUGGCGGCAUAGGUGACCCGCAGCGCUCGCACACUUUGUCAUUGCCUGAAUGCAUACGUGUGAAUGAGGUGUGUUGUUGUGAAAGUGACAAUCCAGCCAGGAAAACAUCUUUCAGCUCUGACAUGUUGUGAUUGUUUGGCAUCUGAAAAUGUGUAGCAGCAGAAGUAAAAUGAGCUUAAUAAUAAUGUUCUGAUCCUAAAUAUGUUCAACAGGCUGAUAAAGCUGCACUGCAAGUGUUCUGCAGCCUGUUCUAAAUGACUGCAUUAACCUGCUGUGCAGUUUCUAUAGCCAUGGGAAUGUGCUGUAUUAGCUCGCCGUGUGCACAGCUUUAAAUAUAACCAGCUAUUAUGACUGGAAACAAAUAUGCUGCUGGUAUCAGAGACCUCGGGCUCUACAAGGACACACUAAUUGGCAAGAUGUUGAAAAGACGACUAUAAAAAGACGUUCCUAAAAUGGAUCGACAAGCGAAAGGACGCUCUUCCUCCUCAACAUCACUGCCACCUCCACACACGAAUAGCACUCUGAAACCCAGACCUUUCUUGCUAUGAGCUAGCAGCACUACACCAUCAUACUACCUUAGCGUACUUUUAAGCCUUUUACCAUCCAGAUGCAAAAGGGCUUAAUGACACAUAACCACAUCAGAUCUAUAUCUGAACACAACCUUUUAACGUGGUUUUCUUUCGACUGAUCCCUUUUGGAUCAUUUGCUUCCAUCUCACUGUCUCCUUCACCCUGUCCUCCUUAGUCUGGCUGAUAAACAAGAGACGCUGAUCACAUACGUCCGUCUCGGCUCUUGUUUGAAAGGUCAAGCUUCAGUAGGUGACACAGACAACACAAAUUUGGUCUACAGGCAGAGAGAGAGAGAGAUAAACUGCGAGGACUCUUAGAUAAUGGGGAGGUUUCCUUCCUGCAACAGUAAAUGUUUCCCACCCUGCACUUCUUGUAGUUUGUGCAGUUUAAAGCAUGAAAUAUCUGAAAAUACCCUGGCAUGCUGAUAUUUAUUGAUUUUAUUCUUCACAUGCAUGCUUAGCUCAUUAAUAAUAGUGCUAGUCAUCAGUUGUGAAGACCAUAUGAAUGUAGUCCCCAGGAAUGCAUGCAGGGCUGCAGGAAACGUGUUAGUGUUUUUAUUUUCUUCCACUUCUUAGGGCUGCUGAUCACCUCUUAAACACUUAAGAUUCCUUUAUGCUGAGAGCAGCGAGGGAGAAAGGAGGAGGGGAAGUGGCUGGAAGUGGGGGAGGAAGAGUGAGGGUGGGGAAAAAAAGGAGUGGGAAGGCACAACACCGGGCACCAUCAGUUUCCUCCUUUUCUCCUCUCUCACCCUCUGACAGAAAGCGUCCUUUUCCCCCUGCACACUAUUCCGUCUUCUCCCCUCCGGUCCUGCUGGAUCUUAUUCCCCCCUCUCUCGCUCAUAUUUGCCUGCUGACACGCUCGGAGCCACAGCCUGAAUGAGUCACUGGGUUUACCUCAACAGGCAGCUGGCCUCUCUUCCUCCUCCUCCUCCUUCUCUUCUUCUUCUUCUUCUUCGUCUUUUUGCCCUCUCUCCCUCACCUCUUUUCCUCCUCUGAGGCUACAUGGGUGUGAAAGCUGGUGUGCCGGAUAGACUUUAGAAGCUCGGACAUGGAAGUUUUCUGGGCCAGACUGGCCACCAGCGGACUAGAGGCAGAGAGCGGCAGGCGCGGUGGCAGCAGCAGCAGCCACGGCGAUGGAAACCACAGCAGCAGCAGCGGCGGCGGCGGCGGCGGAGGCAGCAGCAGCAGCGGCGGCACGGCCCACUUCAGGUCUCCAUGGCAACAGAGCGUGAACGUGUUCGGCUCGUGGAGCAGGCCGGAGUGUGUCGAGGAGCUGCACCAGCAGGCGCAGCUCAACCUCCAGAGCCUACUGCAAGAGUUUGAGGAGCAGUUGUACGACACCAAGCUGACCGGUCAGACUUUCCGGCAUCCGUCCUCACAGAGCUCCGACGACACGUCCACCUCCCUCAGCCGAUCGCCCAUCUCCCUCAACAACAAGAGGCCCGACUUCAUCUUUCUGCCAGCAUCAAAGCAGCUCUACGAAGAUGAAACCACCUCCUCUGUGUUUGGUCUGAGGUCUGUUACCGACCUAUCUCCAUCCCCGUCUCCAUCCCCCUGCAGCUCAGACCGGCCCCCUCUAGGCUGGAGCAGUAACAACAGUAGCAGCAGUACUGCCACGUCGGCCACUACUGGACCGCCAGUCGCCGAAAAACCUCGCUGGCAACUGGGAAGACGCACACCGGCACACUUCUUACCACUCGACGUCACAGGUGAAGGGAGAGGAUUGAAAUUCCACGGUGUUGAUCUUCUCCAGCACUCUCCGUCCCCUUCCCCCUCUCCCGGGGACCCUUUCCCCCACCAGCCCCACUCCCUGGAGCCUGUUACUGACACACCGCACCAGAAUCUCCCACUGAGGAAGACACACUCUGACCUCGACACAACCUUACCUGCAGACAACCGUUUGGGGCUGCCUGCCCCAGAUCACCUUCACCCAGAAACUAUGGACCAUUCUGGGCUGCUCUGCUCAAAUACACCCACCGCUUCCUGGAACGGACCCAAGGGUUCCACCUUUUCUCCUGGAGCGUGGAACGAGCCUUACAAUUACAGUAAGAACAAAGGACCAGCGGUACCACCCAAACAGCACAGUAUCAUCGGAGGAGGGACCCAGGAGGGGGUGAUGCUGGUGAGCUCAGGACAUUCAAGCUCAUUCAAGACUGUGACAGACCCUUCUCGGAGACCAUUGAAUAACAUGGACAUAGGGAAGCGGAGUGAGACAGAGGGGGCUGCAGUUGAUGGAGGAAGGGGGGGAGGAGGGGAAGCAGUGAGAGGACGGGAGAGGUCGGCACGUUCCAUAGCAGCACAGAAUGCUUUCAAGUUUCGAGAGCGUUCCCUUUCCACACCCACAGAUUCUGGAUCUUUUUGUUUCACAGAGGGUGUUAUAGGCCAUCCGGAUGGUAAUAUAACAUCUACAGGAAAUGGGAAUACUAUGGACCACCAACAAGAGCAUCACAACUUCCUCGGCUUAGGUGAGAAUUACGCCCUUCUCUACCCUAGAGGGAGCUCAGAAGACAGCGCAAGUACAACUGACACAAUCUCCGUCACAGCUUCAGACUACAGCACAGAAGGCCGUUUGCGCCUACGUUCCCGCUCCAUCUCCCUUAAAAAAUCCAAACGAAAGCCACCACCCCCUGUGAGGAGUGUCUCUCUUAUGAAAAACCUUGGACAAGCUGAGGGCAGAAUACACCAUCAAGGUGGUCUUUACAGAGAUGGCCGACCAAAGAGCCUGCACAUUCCCAGGGAUCACUUCCCUGACUUUCAGCCAGAUUUCCUUCUGCCCAACUCGUCUAAAACCAGUAUUGGUGAGCGAGAGCCAGGCCAAGGAGGGAAUGACAGACCUCCAAGUCUAGAGGUCCAGGCACCAGAGAGGGAGGGGGAGACGGAAAUUACUUUUCCCACGCACUGGCAGCUAGGGGAGUGGAAGAGCAAUGAUCCAUACAGGUCUCUGUCAGGCUCCAGCACAGCAACAGGUACUACAGUGAUCGAAUGUAUGAAAGUCAGAGGUAGCUCAGAGUCCCUUCUUGACUCUCCCUCCACCUCGAGAGCCACAUCACCCUCACAGCUUUCCAUGGAGACUGACAUCAAGGCAUCAUCCCCCUUCAAACCUCCAGGACUUAUGUCCCCAUCAAGUGGCUAUUCCAGCCAGUCAGAGACUCCCACCCCAACUGUUCCACUCAGUCAUCUGGCAGGUCAGGGGACUGUGGGUACAACAGGUACAAUAGGUUGUAAGAUGCGCCCCAAAAUCCCAGAGAGGAAAUCAUCUCUACCAUCACCCAAGGAUCCAGCUGCUAGGUCUAGACUGUCCUUUGAAAUGCCUGGGAAUGCACAUCUGGAGCUUUCGUCCAUCAAGCCAAAACAAAAGGCCAGCCGGCGGCAUUCUGACACUUCGACAGCAGCAAAGCCAGGAAAGAUCAGCCCGAGUUCCUCACAGGCACUGCCUAUGGUUACCCAGAACGAGCUAAAGACUGUUCGGCUUCGUUCAGUUUCUCGUGGAGACCUAGAAGACUGCCCUGAUGGAGCCUCUGACACCAUCGAAGAGGAACAGCAUGGCCGCGAUAUAGGCGAGGAUCCCAGCCCACCACCCACUCUACCAAAACCUAAACCACCUGUAGCAGUCAAGCCUCCCUUACCUAAACGGCCCAUGAACCUUCUUCUCAAGUCUCCUUCUCCUUCCUCCACUUCCCCUCUGGCGCUUGACUCGCCUCCUGCCUCACCUGUAGACCGACCUGUGCCUCUAGGCAACAUCUACAAAGUCAUGAAAAAGCCAAAACCCAAAAAACCUCCACCACAAGCUCCAACAAAUCCCACUAUUCUGUCAGAUUCAAACUCUAUGGCUGCUCCACAAACUGCCUAUGAUCAAUCGUUCCUCCCCCUAUCCCAGUCCCUGUUUGAUCUCCCUCCUCUCCCAGACCCUCAGCCUCUCCUGGAAGACCCAGUUUUGGAGCCUGAAUUUGAUGUUGACCAAGAGAUUCGUCUUGGCCCCGAAGAUGGAGGCUCACUCCCUUCACCUUGCAGCAAUCAGGAGGCCCCAGAACUUCAGGACAAGAGCAAGACGCUACCCUCAAGGAUGACAGUCUCCUGUCUGGCAGAGCUGUCAGACAAAAAGAAACCCAAGGUUCCACCUCCAGUCCCCAAGAAGCCAAAUGUUCUGCUUCUUCCCACCUCAGUCCACUCCUCCACUAAUGGCAGCACAGACCGUCAGACGCCACAGACUGACAGCCCCGUGGGCCUUCGGUCUCCGGUAGGAACAUUCCCACCAGAUGAUAUUCUCAAUGCUCCCAGUGUUCCCGACAUGCCUGAGCAAGAUGAGAACCACUUGGGAACAGAUGAAGAAAGUUCCAAAGAGUCAUCACUACAAUCCUCUCUUCAAGAUUCCUCUCUCACAGAGCUGGAAGGGAAGAUGGCUGGUACUGGGAUUGGGACAGAUGAACCAGCAGCCAGUGAAAAGACUGUACUGCACAUCGAAGAGGAAACAGAUGACGACUUGUUGGCCAGCACACCUACAACACACACCACCGAAGACCUCUUCACUAUUAUACACAGGUCCAAACGAAAGGUCCUGGGUCGCAAAGAACCUUCCGACUCGUUUGGCAGUCGCCAGAGUUUGGUGUCACCAGUGAAGCACAGCACCAGCGGUAGCGACCUCAGAAAUCUAACCUUGGGCAGCAGCCAGAGGUCGAGCUCCCGCAACGAGAACUUCAUGGCCCUCCUUCAGAAGAAAGGCAACAAGUCUUCCAGCGGAGGAACCAGAGUCUCUGCCAUGGAGCUUCUAAAAAGCACAAACCCCCUGGCCCGACGUGUCACGGAGUUUUCAGCCAACACGGCAUCGAAUGCCGAGGGAGGAGAGACAACGGCUGGGAACGACAAACCCAGCGAUCAGUGAAUGGAAGCGUCUACGCAGAUGUAAACCAGGUCUGUUUGCUGUCGACAAAGCUACCAACCAUUUCCAUGGCCUGCCACCCUAUGGGGGACGGGGCCAUCUGACGAACAUGUCCAACCAGAUCGCUCCAACUACUGGUUGACCAUUUGCACUGUCCAAUCAAAUUGGAGCACACUUUUGGACAAAAUGGUCCCUCCCACGGUUGGAGCACUGUUGGUCCGAGUCAAACCAGCCCCUCUAGGAAAGCAAGACAUCAACGGAGAGAAAAGUAGGUUCUCACAAUAUAUUUAAUGGAAGGUGGAGGUUUUGAGGUCAUGCUUCUAAACUGCACUGCACUAUCUUUUCCUCAUUGGGAAUUUGUUCAGUGUGGAGGCUAGUUGGGUGGAGCAGACACUGGGAAUGUAAAGAUACACAGCAGGCAUCUUUACUCCUGGGCUUCUUCCAGGUGAAUACAACAAAAAAACCCUGAUGACUACGGGGGAGCGUAUCUGAACCUGUGACCAUAUUAAUCCCCCCUAAAGAGGAAUCUCCAUCAAUUCACAAAACAAAUGGAAUAAAAACACUGAAAAUACAAGACUUUAACACAAUUUACCCUCGAUUCUACCAAACCCCUUGAGCUAGCAGCAUUACAGGUCCAUCACCUGUGGACCACUGACAAAGGAAAUAUUCCCAAACCUUGGACCUUGUGGUUCCGUCUUCUCUCCACGGUGAAUGCGACACCACAGCAGCCCUCUCAGCUCCAGACAGACAGGAUUACAUAAAAGAGCCGGAUUUACAAACAGAAACCACAAGGCGGGGGCACGCUUUUUGCCACCAAAGAUGAGGCAUGAGCAUACCACACGUGUUAUCGCUCGUGCUGUGAACACAAACACGGACCUUCACAAAACAUUCCACAAAGGCGCUCGGCAAACGGACCACAUUUUUGGAACAUAAGCACUUUUUUCCCCCUUACUGGUGUCGCAGGUCGUUUACACGGCGCAAACACUGCGCCGCUACCUUUUUCCUCAUCUGUUACUAUCUUUUCACUCUUUCUUUGGUUUCUUUUUUUUUUUUUUUUUGCAUAUAUUUUUUUCUUAAACAUACCCAGUGGCCAUAUACUGUACAUGUUAAACUGGAUCAUACUGUAAUGUAUCAUGUACAAAGAUAAAUGUAACGCAUCUAUCAACAACUAUCAUCUGCAGAAACAAAGACUAUAAAUAGUGUACAAAGCAGCAAGAAGAUUGGACUACAAACUGCCCACGCAGUGAGGGGAAUACACACACUCAAACACACACACACGCAAAGACUGGCAAGCAAAAUGUUACUGAAGACAAACAAACAAAACAUGGAGAAAAAAAAGAAGACCAAUCUACACACAAGUGUGUGUGUGUUCAUACAAAGAGUGUGCGGAGGAUAUCAUGCCUGUGGAGUUUCUGUACGGAGAGCAUGAAGCAGGCCUGCUUAUUAAACAGGGUUUUUAUUCAUUUUGGUCUCUGGUGUUGGGACCAAAGGACUGUUAAACACUACAAACAGACCAGAGGGGACCUAAAGGUGCGUGUGUGUGUGUUUGUGUGUGUGUGCAAAAGAGGAAAGUGCCAAGAACAAAGCAAGGGGAGGGAAAAGACAGACGGGGCGAGUGCAUGUAUGUGUGC